CCCAGGAGGAGAGAAAACUACAGGAUUUCUUGUUUAGGAAAUAAAUGUGAGAUAACUUGUAGCAUUUACAAACCAUCAGAAUGAAAGAGAUCAUUUUCUUGUUGCUCCUGUUGCACUUACAGAGGGGCAGCACUGGAUUCAGCAGUCUAGGAAAGCUCUGGAUCACAGGACAAGGCGAUGAAAGCCAGACAAGUCACUCAGACUCGACUCCAUCGCUGACCACGAUUAGGGGGUCACUCCACUCUGAAAUUCAAGCUGCCAAAGCAAGUGCCUCACAGGGACCUCCUAUUGCAUCUGCAGGCGAGACACUGGGAAUGACAGCAGUGAAGAAAACUCCCAGUCCUACAAUCUCUACCCCUGCAAUCCAGUCAAAUGGACACGGUGAUGGUGACUCUGGCAGAGACAAGAGGGGAAGCUCAUCUCGCAGCAAAGGGACCCUACAAAGCACUGCUGGAGAGAUCCCUCUGCUUCAAGGGGUCACUACAAGCUUGGAUACAGCUACAGGGAAUGGGUCUGUCAAGCAGUCCUCUCGUAGCAUUGGGAUCACCAGGAGCCAGCAGGAUGCCAACUCCAAAGCAUCCGGCUUUGAAAGUACCAGGGGAAAAAACUGGUGUGCUUACGUCCAUACCAGACUCAUUCCUACGGUUGUGGUGGAUAACCUAGAAACCUUCUCAUCAGGCAGAGCAAAGCCUUGCACUUGGCAAAUUGGAUCCUGUGCUCAGAGGUCCCAGACAACAACACACCAGGCUUACAGAAUCAAACAUAAAAUAGUGACAUCACUGGAGUGGAAGUGCUGUCCUGGAUACAGUGGGCAAAACUGCCAACCCAAAGCUCAAGAACAGCAGUCAGUUGUACACAGCACCCAGGCUGAAAGCAGCAGAACUGUCAGUGAGAGGACACCAGGAGCUCUGCAGGACCCCAGUGGGCCAGCACUUUUUCAAAAAAUGAAUGAGAAGAUUAGCAGUCAGGAGAUGAAACUGACUUUUCUACAGAAGAAGGUUGACAGCAUUGCUGCUGCGAUGAAUGAUGUGAGCAAGAUGCUUUCUUCUCUGGAAGGCAAAAUCAAUGAAGAUAAGGGCAGAGACUUCCAGUCUUUUCUAAAAGGUCUCAAAUCCAGAAGUAUCAAUGACUUAAUCAAAGAAGUGGUUGGAGAACACUUUCAAGUAUUUCAAGGUGAAAUGCAAGAGAGCAUGGCUCAAAUUUUCAAAACUAUGUCUAGCAUGUCAGGUGACCUUGAAAAUACAAAAGAACUAGUCAAGCAUCUGAAUGAAACCCAAAAUAAAUUUGCUCAGGAGAAAGAUAGUGGGUCAAUAGAGCUUGACAUCCUGGAGCUGAAGAGUCAUAUGGUUCAGAUGAGAGAGGAAAUGGCCCUCACUUGUGAGAAGCCUAUGAAAGCUUUACAAGAAAAGCAGAAGUCCUUGGAAGUUAACUUGGAACACCAACAGUCAAGAAGUGUAAUUUAUUAUGAAUCUUUAAAUAAGACCCUCUCUGAAAUGAGAGAUGCUCAUGAACAACUGUUAUCAGCUGAACAGUUUUCAAGACAAAACCUCCCCUCUGCAGAUCAGGUCAUGGAGUACAAUGUUACAGAGUACAUGAUCACACUGCAUGAGAAAGUGAAGAGACAAGGCAUGAUGGUGCUGGAGAUCUAUGAUGACUUAAGAGUGCAAGAUAGCAAGAUCAGCAAUCUCAGUCUUGCGCUGGAAAUUCAGAGAGACUCUGUUCUGGGGGUCUGUGAUGACAUGUUGUCAGAGAGCAGGACAGAUUUCCAAGCACAGCUGGCAGCAGUCCAAGAGAGUGUGAGUGCUCUAAACAAGAGUCUCUCCGAUAUGUUCUUUCCAUUGGGCAAUAAGAUGGACAGAAUGAAUGAGCAAAUUAAUGACUUGUGCUAUGAUAUGGAGAUCCUGCAACCCUUGAUUGAACAAGGGGUACCUUUUAGUCUUACUUCAGACUAUGAGCAACAAAUCCAAGCAAAAGAAUUGAAAGAGAAACUUGAAAAUCUCACUGUUGUCAUUGACGGGAUGAGUUCUGCAAUGAAGGAACUUUCCAAAACUCAGGAAGGACUUAAAAAUGAAUCUCAGGCUUACCAGGAACUGUUUCAGAGUCGUGUUAAUGAAUGCUUCAUGGAAAUAGAAGAUGGAUUAAACAAGACCAUGAUAGUAGUAAACAGUGCUGUCGAUUCUAUUCAAGAUAAUUAUGUACUGAAAGACAUGGUACAUGCUCUAAGAAAUGAGACUGACGUUUGCUGUGGCAGAGCUGAGGAACUGGACAGCCUCCUGGCUUUUAUUCCCCAGUUCCAACAGUUGAAUGAAUCCCUCCAGUCACUGCUUUAUAACAAGAGAUACGAAAUGACUUCACAGGUAGUGCCAUCUCUUGCUGAUCUUCCCUACAAGGAGUCUGACAGAAGUAUCCUCCACAAUUUCAGUAGAGUUUUCCAAAUUUUAAAUGGUACAUCAUCAAAAGUGGAAAAGCAGCAACAAGAUAUCAGCCGCCUGGAAGAAAAACUAUUUGACUUUGUGGAAGGUUCAAAGGACCAUGAGGUUCGCCUUCUGAAUGUAGAAUCAAAAAUUUCCAAGUUUUUGGCAGACAACUGUCUCUCACUAAAAAAAACCAAAGCUGCCUCAACAGAGAAAGAGCAGGUGAUCUCACUUCAGCUCCAGGCACUGAGUUCCAGGAUCAAGGCCCUGGAAGCCAAGUCCAUCCGUUUCUCGAACGUCAUUCCACUCGUGAACAAGACUGCUCAUGAGGCAUGGGGGCUGUGCCAGACCACCAACAACAGCGUCCAGAAAGUGAACGCAAGCAUACCUGUGCUAAUUAAAUUGGCUCAGCCAGAUAUCCCCCUGCUGCACAGAGGCCUCAAGGAGCUCGUUGAAUCGGUGCUUGAAGUAAAAGCAGGAACUAUUUUGACAAAUUUAACCCAGCAUGUUGACAUAUCCAUGGUAAAUGCAAUGAACAACAUCAUCAAACUUCACAAGCAGCUGAAAUCAGUUAUAAAGAAACCCUCUCCAGCAAAAACAGUGGGAGGAAAUGUCACCAUGAGCCUGGCAAGCCGAAGCCAGAGAAACACGGAUAAUGCAAUAGAUCCAGGUAAUGCAUUUUACUCUGCUAAAAAUCAAGGUAUGUUUUAUAAAGAUGAUGAGUCAUUUUAGGCCUGCCUCUGCAAAUCUGCAUUUGGUCUUCUGGCUGGUCCAAGUUGCCUUUCUACAAUGUAACACCACUCAAAAUUUUUUCUUUAUUCCUUUCCAGAUUUUUCAAAAGGAUCAUACAGAUAUGCACCUAUGGUGGCUUUUUUUGCUUCUCAUACAUAUGGAAUGACAACUCCAGGACCCAUCAGAUUUAACAAUCUGGAUGUCAACUACGGCGCCUCAUUUGCCCCAGCAACUGGCAAGUUCCAUGUUCCAUACCUGGGGGUCUAUGUUUUUGAAUAUACCAUUGAAUCAUUCAGCCCACGUGCCUCUGGCUAUCUGGUCAUUGAUGGAAUAGACAAACUCACCUUUCAGGCUGAAAAUAUUAAUAACAGCAAGUACACGGACAGAGUAAUUACUGGAAAUGCUUUAUUAGAGUUAAACUACGGUCAGGAAGUCUGGCUCAGGCUGGCAACUGGCUCUAUACCAGCCAAGUAUCCACCUGUAACUACAUUCAGUGGUUACUUGUUGUACCGUACCUAAGUCAGUCCUAAAUGUGAGCUGUUAGUCAGAUGAAGCAGCCUGCAGGUGAAUUAACUUUGCAUUUAAAUACUUUCCUUCUUUAAGGGCACUAAGCUUCCCAAUGUAAUGGCUGAUCCUCCAAGAUGUUCUUUGGUUGUAGCCAUGCGCACAACCCCAAGGAGUCCACAGGUUGGAGAUGGGGGAAAACAAAGCAUCUUCCUCAUGUUAAUAUGACUGGGAAGCACAAAUCUAAUGCUGUUCUGCUGCUACAUUGCAUAAACAUACUUAGAAGAGAUUGCUGAGAAUCACUUCUCAAGAGAAAGCUCAAUUUGAUCAUUCCUUUACACCCUGACUGCAAAUCAAAAGUGAUGGAUAGAUUUUGAUGACUCAGAUGCUGGAUUACUACCUAGCUCACUGUAUCAAUUGAUAGUCGUGUGUAUAUAUUCUAUUUGGAAAAAGUAUAUUUCUUUUUCAUUUUGCCUACCAUUAUUCACUGCAUACUUUGAUAUGGCAGUAUUUAAUGUAUUCAUGAUUUUUUUAAUGUAACCAAUAUGCUGAUAGACUGGGUUUUUUUGAAUGUGGAAGAAAAAAAACCCUAGAGGAAUACUUUCAGCUUAGAAAUGAGGCAUUUUUAGCAUUUAAAUUAGUCAUAGAAUAACCACCAUAAUGGAUUUGGUGGAUUCUCUCUGCUGCUUGAAAUGUUUAAACCACAGCUGGAUAUUGCUUGGGUGAUAUGUUUUAAGAAAACAUUGUUAUAUUGCCUUCACACAGAUUUUAGCCUUUGACCUAUAAAGUACACAAGAUUAAAUUAUAUAACCAAAGUAUUUUCUGAGUUUGAGUUCUAUAAAUCUAUUAUAUUGUUUGUUUCUGCAUUAUAUUCACUAACUUCUGAGGCAAGAUGAAAUGAUCUUCAGUCUGCAUGUGAUUUUUCAAGCACAAAUCUAAUAAAGAAAUAUUUUUAAUUGA